GUACCCGGUGACUGUAUACAGGCCCAGGCCUUUAGGCAUGUAUGAAUGAUGCUAUUUGAUAAUCUUGUACACGUAUUGAGCGGAUUAGACGUAGGUAAUGUCCGAUGAUACUAGUAUAGUAAAGUGGACUACAAUAGUUACGAAGCGGGGACAGCCGCUUAUCUCUAAUGAUCACAAUUCUUUCAACUUAUCUAGCUAGCCAUUAUACGGCAUCGAGAAAAUCAGAAGUUCGCGAACAAUUCUAUAGCCAACUUAUUUCUUUCGAGUUUGCUACGACGUCGUUAACCCCUUUUAAGCCAGUAUAGCCGAUAUGGAUGAUUCAAAGGGUCUUGCCUUGGCCAUCGAGGAGGCGAAGAUCGGAUACGAAGAAGGCGGCGUUCCGAUCGGCGCGGCCUUGGUUGCUGCUGAUGGCAGAGUGCUCGGCCGAGGUCACAAUAUGAGAGUACAGAACGGCAACCCGAUUCUUCAUGGUGAGACUUCCUGUCUCCAAAAUGCAGGCCGUCUGCCUUCGUCGGCGUACAGCGGCAGCACUAUGUACACAACCCUCUCGCCUUGCGACAUGUGUACCGGCGCCUGCCUCCUGUACGGCAUCUCUCGCGUGGUCAUCGGCGAGAACAAGACGUUCCUCGGCGGCGAGUCGUAUCUCAAGCAGCGCGGCGUCGAGGUCGUCGUGCUGGACUCGCCCGAGUGCAAGGAGCUGAUGGAUAAGUUUAUCGCCGAGAAGCCGGAGAUCUGGAACGAGGAUAUUGGUGUGGAAGAGAGGGUAUAUUCAAAGGAGAGUGUUCAGGCGCCGGGGGCUUGAGGAUUCGGAUUGUGAUGGGUGUCUUCAGGUCCCUGAAGAUAGUUGUUUUUUUGUAAUCAACAACUUCGAGAAUGCAAAAGCGUUGUAGUUUAUAGAAUGAACUGUACUGACGAACGGUUACUUCGAUAAUCGCUUAUUGUCGGUGAUCUCCUUUUCCGAGGAAUAUAUAACGUCCGUACAAAUUUGUAAUGAGCUUCAUUCUAUGCCGAAUUUCAAGUUACUAAAAUCAU